GAAAACUGCUGCCCGGGAAGAUAAAAGAUCCUUGCCGCGGCUCGUCCAAUUAAAGGCUGGAAAAUUAAAAUAAAAGUCCACUCCGAUGGGGCGGGCCGUUGCAAUGGGCAGCAGCCCGUCCGGAUCUGCCGUGAUUGGCCGUUGCAAUGGGUUCCCCGGCGCGGCGUGCCUUGUUUCUCUUCCGCUUCCUUCGGCAAACGCUAGGAAACUGAGUGAAGAAGAAGAAGAAAGUAGACUGUUUGGGUUGUACAAACUGUUUGGUGGAGAAAUUGGAUGGACCCCAAGUUUAAACGCCUUCGCAGCCCCUACUCUAAUUAAGGGAGACAUCCACUGGGUUGAAGGACAAUUGCAGGUCUUAGAAACUGGAGACAUUACAUUCUACAUUGGUUGCAACAGUUGCAACAGAAAAGUGGACUACAUAGAAGGAAUCAAUUUUAAAUGCAUGCUGUGUGGUGACCCUGAAGCAAAAACCAUAAAGAGAUUCAGAAUUCUGUCCGAAAUAAAAGAUGAAAUUAGUGCUCUACAAGUGACACUAUUCACCGACACACUCGAAAAGAUUGUACGAUCACUUGAAUUGAAUACACCAAUGGAGUUGCUAAAAUGCGGGGAUUUGAACAACAGUCUUGAAUCUCAGAAGAUCCAUUCCAAUUGUAAUACUCGAACAGAGGAGGAAGAAGAAGACGAAGAAGAAGAAGAAGAAGAAGAAGACUGUUCACACUUAAACAUGGCUCCUCCAGCUCAUCAUACUCAACGAUCGCCAUCCCCUUCUCAACCGUCUGGGAAAGGGGAAGUGUCAGAUUUGAAGGCGCAGCUGAGGCAACUGGCAGGGAGCCGAACUCCUGGGACUGAUGAUACAAAGAGAGAACUAUUCAAGAAAGUCAUCUCAUACAUGACAGUUGGGAUUAACAUGUCAUCAGUAUUUAGUGAAAUGGUUAUGUGUUCCGCUACUUCGGACAUUGUGCUAAAAAAGAUGUGUUACCUAUAUGUUGGGAACUAUGCGAAGUACAAUCCUGAUCUUGCACUUUUGACGAUAAAUUUUCUUCAAAGGGACUGUAAGGAUGAGGACCCGAUGAUUAGGGGGUUGGCUCUCAGGAGUCUGUGUUCACUUCGGGUGGAAAAUUUGGUGGAGUACUUGGUCGGCCCAUUGGGUUCUGGGUUGAAGGAUUCAAACAGUUAUGUAAGGACAGUUGCCGCAUUAGGUGUCUUGAAGCUGUACCAUAUCUCCGCUUCAACUUGUGUUGAUGCCGAUUUCCCCACACUACUUAAACAAUUGAUGCUUAAUGACCCAGAUCCUCAGGUUGUUGCCAAUUGUUUGUCUUCCCUGCAAGAGAUUUGGAUUUUGGAAGGAUCUAAAUCUGAGGAAGUGUCGAGGGACAAAGAGAUAUUGCUAAGCAAGCCAACUAUAUAUUACCUUUUAAAUAGGAUCAAGGAAUUCAAUGAAUGGGCUCAAUGUAUUAUUCUGGAGUUGGUUUCCAAAUAUGUCCCCUCGGAUACUAAUGAGAUAUUUGACAUCAUGAAUGUUCUUGAAGAUAGGCUCCAACAUGCUAAUGGAGCUGUUGUGUUAUCAACAAUCAAGCUGUUUCUACAGUUAACACUGUCCAUGACGGAUGUUCAUCAACAGGUAUACGAGCGCAUUAAAGCCCCCCUGCUAACUCUAGUGAGCUCAGGAAGUCCAGAGCAAUCUUAUGCAGUAUUAAGCCAUCUGCAUCUACUAGUGAUGCGUGCACCUUACGUAUUUUCAUCAGACUUCAAACACUUCUACUGCCAGUACAAUGAACCAUUUUAUGUGAAAAAGUUGAAGCUUGAGAUGUUAACUGCAGUGGCUAAUGAAAUCAAUACCUAUGAAAUAGUGUCUGAAUUAUGUGAAUAUGCUGCAAAUGUUGAUAUUCCCAUGGCAAGGGAAUCUAUUAGGGCUGUUGGCAAAAUUGCACUGCAGCAGUAUGAUGUAAAUGCUAUUGUUGACCGGUUGCUUCAGUUCCUGGAAAUGGAAAAGGAUCAUGUGACUGCUGAGGCUCUGGUACUUGUGAAGGAUCUUCUCCGAAAAUAUCCUCAAUGGAGUCAUGAUUGUAUAGCAGUUGUUGGAAAUAUUAGUAGCAAAAAUAUCUAUGAACCCAAAGCCAAGGCAGCACUUAUUUGGAUGUUAGGGGAGUAUGCUCAAGACAUGCAGGAUGCUCCUUACAUAUUAGAGAGUCUUGUCGAGAAUUGGGAGGAGGAGCACUCCCCAGAGGUCCGCUUGCAUUUACUAACAGCAGUAAUGAAAUGUUUCCUAAGACGACCGCCGGAAACCCAGAUGGCUUUAGGUGCUGCAUUGACUGCUGGUAUUAGUGAUUUUCAUCAGGAUGUUCAUGAUAGGGCAUUGUUCUACUACAGACUGCUUCAGUACAAUGUCACUUUGGCAGAACGUGUGGUGAAUCCUCCAAAGCAAGCUGUUUCUGUUUUUGCCGACACACAAAGUAGUGAAAUCAAAGAUCGUAUUUUUGAUGAAUUCAAUAGUCUCUCUGUUGUGUAUCAGAAGCCUUCAUACAUGUUUACUGACAAAGAACAUAGAGGGCCAUUUGCCUUCACAGAAGAACUCGGUAACUUAUCUAUCGGGGAAGAGCCUACAGAUAAUAUGGCUUCAGCUCAGAUAGCAGAUGCAAAUGACAAGGAUUUACUAUUAAGCACUUCAGAAAGAGAAGAAAGCAAGGCACCUAGCAAGAACAAUGGUUCAGGAUAUAGUGCCCCCCUUGCAGCUGCUGAUACAACUGCUAUGCAGUCCCAAACGGAUCUCGUUUCCUUAGAUUACAAUUACAAAUCUACCCCUGGUGCACCUUCAAGUAGUUUCGCCAUAGAUGAUUUACUCGGUUUAGGGUUGCCAGCUGCACCAACCCCUGCUCAUCCUUCACCUCCUGCUUUGUCGCUAGUUCCUAAAGCUGUUUUGGCUCCAAACGUGUUUCAGCAGAAAUGGAGACAACUUCCAAUAUUGAUAUCACAGGAGAUCUCCAUGAAUCCACAAGGUGUUGCAGCACUAACAACUCCACAGGCCCUCAUAAAGCACAUGCAGGGGAAUGCCAUCAAUUGUAUAGCUUCGGGCGGUCAAGCCCCUAACUUCAAGUUCUUCUUCUUCGCCCAGAAUGGAAACGACGACCCGUGCACCUAUCUGGUGGAGUGUGUAGUCAAUUCAGCUUCAUGUAAAGCACAGGUGAAGAUCAAAGCUGAUGAUGAGACUACCUCUCAGGCCUUCUUUGAUUUGUUCCAAUCAACCUUGUCCAUGUUCCCUUCUUCCUAGCUAGCUAUUAUUCUUGUAUCCUUGUCCUUGUAAACUAUAUAUCCUUUUGUUUGUUUUGUGAAAUACAUUUGGAAAAUAAAGUGAAAGAAAUUUAGCUGUUGCGCUAUUUUGUGAAUUGGACCACGAGAUACUUACCGUUGAU